CACUAGCAGCUGAUUGCCUUCCCGGCUUUCCAUGGGUCUUCCAAUCACGAAGUAUGGCAGCUUCGUUCGCUAACCUUCUCCCUGCUUCGUUAUAUAAAAGUCAAAACAAAUUUCACUUUUUUUAUAUCACUGCCGGCUCUAGACAUGUCGAAGAAUCCAAAUGCUGAGCGCGAUAACCCUUGCCUGAAGGAACAAGAACUCUCGUACAAAUGCUUGCAUAAAAACAAUUUUGACCGCGAAAAGUGUGAAGUCUACUUUGCUAACUACAACAAUUGCAAGGAGUUUUGGAAUAAGGUUCGGAGUGACCGGCGGUUCCGGGGUAUCACACCAUAUCUUCCAGAUAUUGCAGACCGAGAACAAAUUAAGGCGGAAUACAUGAAGACGAAACCAGCGCCGCAAUGACAUUGGUAUUUGUUAAGCUCUCCCCUUCUCCCCCUCUUCAGUGUUGUUAUUAAAUAAAAUUUAGUAUGAAAUCA